AUGGAUAAUAUCUAUGUACUGAAUUAUUUGAUAAAUAGACAGUUAGCUAAAAAGGGAGGGAAGAUGCUGGUGCUAUUUGUGGAUAUGAAGGCAGCGUUCGAUUCAGUGGAUAGAGAGGUGUUAGCAAGGUCAAUGAGGAAGGCACGGGUAAGAGAAGGGUUAGUGAAGAGAUGCGUGGAGGUUUUGAGGGAAACGAAGAGUAAAGUGAGGGUGGGGGAGAAGGAAGGGGAGAGCUUCUGGACGAGUAAAGGGGUAAGGCAGGGUUGUCCUUUGAGUCCAAUCUUGUUUACAUUGUUGCUAGCAGACAUGGAGGAGGAAAUGAAGAAAGGGAGAUGGGGGGGUGUAAGGUUGGGAGGAGAAAAGAUAUACACGCUGGCGUAUGCGGAUGACGUAGCGGUGAUGGCGGAAGACGAAGAUGGGAUGAAAGGAUUAAUGGCGAGACUGGAAAGGUAUAUAGAGGGGAAAAAGCUAGAGGUGAAUGUGGGAAAAACAAAGAUGAUGAGAUGUAUAAAGGGAGGCGGGAGGAGAGGGAGGAUGACAUGGUGGUGGAAGGGCAACAAGAUAGAGGAAGUGAAGAAAUUUAAGUAUUUAGGGUACGUGGUGACGGCGAAUGGGAAGCAAGAAGAGCAGGUAGAGGAGAGAAUGAGGAAAGGUGCGGUGGCUAUGAGACAAGUGUGGGGGAUAGGAAAAAGGAAAUUUGCGAAAGACUGGGGCAGAAGAAUAUGGCUAUUUGAUAGAUUAGUGUGGACAGUAAUGAGUUAUGGGGUGGAAAUAUGGGGAUGGAAAGAGAGGGAGAAAAUGGAGAGGAUACAAGAGAGGUAUUUAAGAUGGGUGUUGGGAGUAGAAAGAUCUGUGCCAGGGUAUAUGGUAAGAGAGGAAUUACAGAGGGAGCUAUUAGCAGGAAGGGCUGGAAUGAGGGCAUGGGGAUAUGAGAGGAAGUUGAGUGAAGGUGAAGGAGGGUGCCUAGCGAGGAAAUGUUGGAUGGAGAUAAGAGAAAGAGCAAAAAAAGGUAGGGCGUUAGAGGGGUGGGAGGAGGAAAGGAGAAAGUUUUAUGAGAGAAAAGGGUGGAGCAUAGAGGAAGUAGAGGAUAUGAGAGAAGAAGGGCGGUUGAGGGGAGAAGAGCUGAUAAGAAAGGAGAAGGGUAUCCAAGAAGAGGAAAGAUGGGAAAGGAUUAGGGAAUCGAGGUACAAUAGGUGGUACAAGAUAGUAAAAGGGAUAGUAAAAGGGUGUACCAGGGUACCUGAGUAA